GUAGCCUGGCGCCCUGGUCCGGAGCUCACCUUUCGGAGCCCCCGCCGCCCCGCGACCACCGGGGGCGGGGACAGCGAGUGCGGGGCGGGUUCCAGAGGGGGUGGCCUCGCUGCGGCUCUCCCCGUCUGCCGCGCUAGAGACAGCGCAACUCCCUCCCUAUCCGGGAGAGAUCCUCCAGAGGAGAAGGAGAGAGGGGACUUGUCCCCGCCAGCGGGUCUCUGAAAGCCUGUACUGUCCACGGCCCUAGAAUGAAGAAACCUGACCCUCGUCCGCUGGGCGCCGAGAUGCCGCAGGCUUAGAAUGGAGCUCGGAUACUGCACCCCAAGGAUGCUGGCAGGGACACUGACUCAUUGAGGGAGAGCAGAGCAUCAGCAGAGAGAGGGGACAUCAGCCUGCAGAGAUUUCUCCGGAAUUCCCAGCAGUAUCACUCAGAGCUCCGCAGGGACAGAUGGAGAUCACUACGGGGGUCGUGGAUGAGAAUGUCACCAACUCCUCCACCAGUUUCCUCUCUGUACUCAACCCCUAUGGAGCCCACACAGCUUCCUUUCCAUUCAACUUCAGCUAUGGUGACUAUGACAUGCCCUUGGAUGAGGAUGAGGAUGUGACGAACUCCCGGACAUUCUUUGCUGCCAAGAUUGUCAUUGGCAUGGCCCUGGUGGGCAUCAUGCUGGUCUGUGGCAUUGGCAACUUCAUCUUUAUUGCCGCCUUAGCCCGCUCUAAGAAGCUGCGUAACCUCACUAACCUGCUCAUCGCCAACCUGGCCAUCUCUGACUUCCUGGUGGCUGUUGUCUGCUGCCCCUUUGAGAUGGACUACUAUGUGGUGCGCCAGCUCUCCUGGGAACAUGGCCAUGUCCUGUGUGCCUCUGUCAACUACUUGCGCACCGUCUCUCUCUAUGUCUCCACCAAUGCCCUGCUGGCCAUCGCCAUUGACAGGUAUCUGGCCAUUGUUCACCCACUGAGACCACGGAUGAAGUGUCAAACAGCCACUGGCCUGAUUGCCCUGGUGUGGACAGUGUCCAUCCUGGUCGCCAUCCCAUCUGCGUAUUUCACCACGGAGACGGUCCUCAUCAUUGUCAAGAGCCAGGAGAAGAUCUUCUGUGGCCAGAUUUGGCCGGUGGACCAGCAGCUCUACUACAAGUCCUACUUCCUCUUCAUCUUUGGCAUCGAGUUCUUGGGCCCGGUGGUCAUCAUGGCCCUGUGCUAUGCCAGGGUCUCGCGGGAGCUCUGGUUCAAGGCGGUCCCCGGGUUCCAGACAGAGCAGAUCCGCAAGCGGCUGCGCUGCCGUCGGAAGACCGUGCUGGUUCUCAUGUGCAUCCUCACCGCCUAUGUGCUGUGCUGGGCGCCCUUCUACGGCUUCACCAUCGUGCGUGACUUCUUCCCCGCGGUGUUUGUGAAGGAGAAGCACUAUCUCACCGCCUUCUACAUCGUGGAGUGCAUCGCCAUGAGCAACAGCAUAAUCAACACCCUGUGCUUCGUGACCGUCAAGAACAACACCAUCAAGUACUUCAAGAAGAUUAUGCUGCUCCACUGGAAGGCUUCCUAUAAUGGAAGUAAGUCGAGCGCUGACCUUGAUCUCAAAACCAUGGGGAUGCCUGCCACUGAAGAGGUGGACUGCAUGAGACUGAAAUAAUCCAAAGGACCUUGCCAAAGUUUAAACCCAAGACAGGAUCUUUGGGUCCUGGAUCAGUGUGCUUGGAUAUACACAUGGACCACCGAUUCUUGGUUUUCUGCAGAGGACAAAUUGAAUGUGUCAUGAGGACACUGUGUUCAAGGAGCUCAGGAUUUUGAAAACUGAUGUGACAAGAGACUGUCAUUAGUAGUCGACAUUCAUUAAAUGCCUAAUUUGUAUGAUGAGUAGGCACUGGUGAAAACUAACAUGUUGAUGAUAUUUCGUUGACAAAAUGAAAUAGGCAUUAAACCAAGGAAAAUGUGGCGAAGACUCUGGAAUAAAGAGGGAGCUGGAGCAAGUAUCUAGGAGCACAGUACAUGUGUGGACAGCAUGAAGAUCUCUCCAGGUCAUUGCAGCUACUCAUCAUAUACUGGUCGAGCUUCAUCUCUAAGAGUACUCUUAGGCUUGAGUUCACUCCUAACAUUUUGAAGGCUGGGGAAAGAAUGCAAUGGAGAGUCCCAUCUCAUCUCAUCCCUGGUUCUGACCCUCACUGGGAGCAGCCAUGCAUGCCUGCACAUAGAAACCUGAGGAUUCAUGGCCAAGUUCAUGCAAACUCCCCCUUCCCCUGCCACACAAUGCCUUAUGUAUGGAUCUGCAUAGACAUAAGGCUUAUCAUCAAGAGGAUGGACAUGAGGAAGAAGCCACAAUACCCUGGCCACCAUUUGGACAGUGAAUUGUAGAGUUUUGAAUCUUUGGGGCAAGUCUGGAGAAGGGAAGCCUGGGCUCAGGGUGGGAGUGGCUCCAUGGACUAUUCACCCCUGGGUGAAGGGAAAUACAGAGGGAAGAAUCAAAACAGGACUUCUAAAAGCAUUUGGAGCUCAGGGCAGGGGCUUCAGUUCUUUGGGUAUAAGGAUACUGCAUCUUUGCUUCUCAGUUAUUCUGUCCUAAACCUAUUUAGGCUUCUCAUUCAACCCUUUCCUUCUUUCUUAUGUAUCCAUGCCUGUCCAGCAUGGAAGUUUUGAAAGUUGACACAACACCUCAUGGAUGUGGCCAACAACCUAUGUGAGAAAAUGCUUCCGACCAUACAAAACACCAAGAAAAACCAAAAAAAGAAUAAUAAUUCUGGGUAAUGUGCUGGGACAAAGAAAACCCUGUUACAUUGCCAUCUCCUUCUUUCAGUAUUCUAACUGUGAAUUAUUCCCCUACUUUUUUUUUUUUUUUUAAAGCAGAGCCUCAUGCAUUCUGUUCCUAAAAACAUGGUACAAGCAGAGCUGAGGGACUUGGAAGCAAAAACUUGAAGGGAAUGGUGAUGGGCCUCCAGUCAGGAGCUGGGCGCAGGGUGUUGGAAACUCCAAAAUCAAAGCAUCUUCAUGAUUCUGGAAGUAAUGACCAUCUUCCCUUGUGUGUUCCCAGUCAGCAUGAAUCUGUGUGAUAUAAUAAUGUUUCUCCAUCUGCUUUUAUUCUCAUGAGUGUGUAGACCUACAGAGUGGACGUGUCUUGUCCUUCUUGUUGAAUUCUAGAGCAGAACAUUUUUGAGGCUGGGAUUCCUGGGUCAUGUUUUCUCUCCAAGUAUGGUCAACUCUUUGUUUUAGGCAGCAAGGUUUAUUUUUUCUUUAUUUCCAUGGAAAAUACAUCUCAAAGACCUAUAUAUUCUCAUUCAUCACCCAACCGAAUUACCCUACGGUUUAGUUAGAAUUUUCUAAGAAAAUAAAAGUUAACUAAAUUAUUAGCCUAAACCAAGCACACAUUGGAAAGAAUAUCUUAUUUUUUCUAAUAGAAUCACAUAUUACAUUCUAAAAAUCACUAGUUAGCUUUUGGAUUAAAAAAAUAAUAAGAUAAUGCAAUUUAUGGACAUUAUGGUUAC